ACCAUGAACGAGUGGGCACCCAUUGCAAAAGAAUAUGAUCCGCUCAAAGCAGGAAGCAUUGAUGGCACGGACGAAGAACCCCACGACCGAGCCAUUUGGAGGGCGAUGACAGCCCGCUAUGUCCCCAAUCGAGACGUCACAGGGGACCCCCACCUCACGCUUUUUGUGGCGAGGCUCAGUCUGCAGACGACAGAGGAGAAGCUGAAGGAAGUCUUUUCCCGCUACGGAGAAAUCCGGCGGUUGCGCCUGGUCAGGGACUUUAUCACGGGCUUCUCGAGGGGCUAUGCCUUCAUCGAGUACAAGGACGAGAGGGCCCUGCUGAAAGCUCACAGAGAUGCCAACAAGCUGAUCAUCGACCAGCGUGAGAUAUUUGUGGACUUUGAGCUGGAGAGAACCCUGAAAGGGUGGAUCCCUCGGCGGCUUGGGGGCGGCUUCGGGGGCAAAAAGGAGUCCGGGCAGCUGCGGUUUGGGGGCAGGGACAGACCUUUCCGGAAGCCCAUCAACUUGCCCGCUAUGAAAAGUGAUUUUUACGGAGAAGGGCAAGCCGAGAAAAGAGAGAGGCCCUGGUCCCGGGACUGGAAGACAAGGGAUCGAGGUCAUGAGAGGAACCGAGACCAGAGGCGGCCCGAAAGGGAGUGGAGCGAAAGCAAGAGGGACCGGGAACGGCACUCCCGAGAGGAAAGAAGCUCUGGGAAAGAGGGAAGGGACAGAGAUAGGAGGGACCGUAGCAGGGAUCGCAGCUCCAGAAAGCCAAGGGAUGAAGACCGAAACUGAUGGAUCAACUCUCUUGAGCUGCAGAACACCAGGCCAUGAUGGGAAAGCAUGAAUCCAGAUUCCUGAAUGAUGGGAGGAGGACACUCUGAGGCACUUGGGUUUAUGCUCACGCUCUCCCAAGCUUUUUAAGGCAUGCCUCGGAAGCUUCGUAAACAUUCUAACUGCCGAAGUGGAAACCAUCGGCAACUGAACGUUCGCAUACAGUACGGAUUCUGCUUAAGAAAGAAGUGGCGAGAGCCGGGGAAGAUCUAAGACAAUAACAAGAGGAGCCUGAGGUGCAGGCGGUUAAAGGAAAAGAAAUAAAAUAAGCAGCACGUGAGAAGUAAAGAGUCCUGAGGGAAAGAGGAGUACACGGUUGAGAAAUGGAAACACCAGGGAGAAAGGCUGGGGAAAUCUUACAAAAGAGCUAUGUUUUGGAAGCGUUCUGAACAGGAAAGAGAAUUAUAGUAUUUAGUGUCAUGAUUUGCAUGUUUUUCAUUUUGAAUUUAGCUGCUGGUUCAUCAGCAGCAGGUAGAUAAUAAUGGUGUGUUAAUAACUACGGAAGGCUUCUCGUAUCAUUCAGAAAUAGUUUAUUUAGGUUAUUAAAAAGAUCUACAGUUGACCCAGCCCUCUUCCCACCCGCCCCGCAAACCCCGUUUAUUGCCAUUUUUAAACCUUAUAAUAUCCUGAAUCUUUAAACACAUUUGCUGCCUUGCGUAUCCCACAAUGGCAUUAAUUCCCUUUCCAGUACGUUAGACAUCUCUAGGCAAUUGUGUUGAGAGAUUCCUCCUCUACAAUAAUUGGUUAAAGGUUAAUAGUUCAGAGGCAUUGAAACGCUGCCGUAGAGGGACCCGCAGGCAGGGUCUGCAUAUUAUCGUUCCAGAUGGGACUCAAAUUUGGCCAAAACCUUCAGAAAAAAACCACAAAAAACCUGUGGGUAUCACGGCUGCCUGUCAGUCUAUGCAAGGGAUCCCCCAAUGCAAUGCACACCAAUACCUUACCCGCUGCAAGUAUUCAAAAACUGGGUGGAGGGAUCUGAUUGGCGGUGCAGAUUAAAAUAAAGUUGAUUCAGCGGCA